GAUUUUAUAGGCAAUGUUGCUAUGGUGUUAUAGGCAAUUAAUCAACACUUUUUUUUUUGACAAAUCUGUGCAAAACACCUCAGGCGCGAAAAAUAAAAAUUCACUCGUUACAGGCUGAACAGUAAAAAAGUUGAGUAGUUGGGUUCAGGGUGAUACCAGUGAUUUCAGUACAGGUGUUCAGGCGGUCUUGUUAGGGCUGUUGUAGGAGUCGCUUCUGGACGUGUUAUAUAGCGUGGAUGCUGGCGUCCAGAUCACCUUCACACUUGUAUAGCACCGUUUGACCCGUUUACCAGAGACAGAUGUUAAUAGUCUACCAUACCUGGAAAAAGUGGUCCACUAAAGAGCCAGUAAGUAACAAGUAAGGUAUUUCUAUUCUUGCCACUUCAUUAUAUUUUGACAAUGAACCCCGGGAUUCGUCUUCAUUUGGCACAUCUUAUUGUGCUGUCUUCCAGCGUUAUAAUUCCUGACAACAGAAGCCAGGAGUUUUUUUGUUUUCGCACUAAGUCCGAACUUGGACGCAGUCAGUGUACUUUUCUCCGAAGACCAUCAGCGGAAGCGUCUGUUCUUUUUUACUGGACCAUUUGGACAGCUGACCAUCGUGUUGAAGAGUGUUUUAUAAGCGCUGAGCCAGCUGUGAUUCAAAACUAUAUGUCUUUAUGUCAUGAACAAGGCAUCUGGGAUCAACACAAAACGUCAGGUCUGCGCCUCAAUAUAACUCUGCUUAUGGAGCCUGGUAAUCCAUGUGAUUUUCGACCUACUGUUCUGGACAACUUGGGGCGGCAUAGGUACUUAGACACGAGCUCUCUAGUGGGCUCUGGGACCACAAUUCGCCAGAAGCGCGCUUGGAUCUUACCCGGGACCCUGUGGUGCGGCCACGGAAGCCGCGCUGGUGACUAUGAGCAGCUGGGUAUGUUUGAGCAUGUGGACAGAUGCUGCCGAGAGCAUGAUCACUGUGACCACAUCAUUCGUCCAUUCACUGUGAACUUCGGGGUGUUUAACCCGACUCUGUUCACAAUUUCACAUUGCGACUGUGACCACAGGUUUAAGCAGUGCCUUCUAAAUAUUAAUGACACAGUCUCAAAUAUGGUGGGCUAUACAUUCUUCAAUAUCCUUAAGCUCCACUGCUUUGAGCUUAUACAGAAGAGGAGGUGCACCAAGAUCAACUGGAUUGGAAUGUGCACAUCAGAUAAAGUUGCACCUUUUGCAAUCCUUAAACAUCCAACAUUAUAUAAUGCCACCACUUCAAAUGCUGGUAUUCCUGAACCACCAGUUCAGGAAACCACCAGUGAGGAAAAGCCUUCAGGUACCACCAAACAAAAAAACAUGAAACGUAAAGAAAGAAAGCAAUCAAAAUCUCAAAAGAAUUGUGUUCUAGGAGCUUCUGCAGCAGGGCAUACUAUUCUGUUAAGUGAAAUUAUUGGGCAGCCUUAUGGUACACCAAAAACAAUUUCAACAGCACAGCCAAAUUGCCUGAUGAGCCAUAACACAACAUUGUUCCAUCAGAAAUCUAAACUCAUAAAGCAAAGCACUCCACUGCCAGCAGCAGCAAGUUCUACAACGACAUCUAGAGCAUCUACAAAACGAAUAGCUACUCCGUCAAAGAAAAGAACUCAAAAGAAAGGCAAAAACAUUACUCAGUGGUCCUUUACCACAGUACAAACCAAGUUCGUCAAAAAAUCUAAACCUCUGACAUCCAAGCUGAAAGGUGACCCACCCAGAGCUGAUCGUUUCCAGCCAAAACAAAAGAGAGGAAAUGAUGACAAGCAGGACAGUGCAUCUUUACACAUAACUGUAUCGCCAAAAUUUUCAACUCUAUCACUGGCUAGCAAACUUUCAAGGACUAACAAGUUUUUUGAAAGCAUGUCACAAACAAAAAAGGAGCCAAAUUAUCCAAGCAGAAAAACUACAUUCAAUGGUGUUUCAAGCAAAAGUCAAGGAGGGAAUACAAGCACAUCAGAAAUAAACCACAAGUCAGCUGAAGUCACCAAACUCCCUAAGAUUUGGAAUAACAUCUCUGCACAUGAAACUUUUAAACAAACAGCAAUAUGUGAUGUAGCCAGACAAUUGGAUGAUUGCAAAUAUAGGAUACAUCCCAUGGAGAAGUUAUAUGGACAUCAUAAUACAGAGACAACUACAAUCUAUCACUGCGAUUGCAUACACAGGUUAACUGGUCAUUUAAAGCAACUGGAGAGCGUUGCUUUACUAAAGAAACUUCUUUGGAAUUUUGUAUCCAUGUCCUGCAUUGAAAUACCAAAUUCCAAGGAAUGCAGCAGCAACACAAGAUGUUCUGCCAUUCUUUACAAGGCCACAGAGUUAGAGUCAUCACUGAUCAAACUGGAAGGCCAGGUGAAAAAUAGAAAAAUAUCUCCAAAUAAAAGAGUCUCCAAUCAACUUUACAAACGUUGUCUUAGGAUUUUACGUCAAAGAAGCCCAAAACAAGCAUGGAGCUUGACUAAUGCUGACUGAAAAAUACUGAGUGGAAAUAUUUUAAAUCUGUAUUCUUUUGUUUAAAUAUGUUUUUAAAAAUGUUUUUAAAACCCACGUGUGCUCAACAUCUGCAAUGUUAGAUUGAUUGUUUAAACAAGUAAUAGCUCUGAAUGUCUCCUCUUGGAUUAAUCUAUGGCUUUAUGUGUACAGACUGAAUUUGUUGUUAUAAAAAUGCAAGGAAUUUUAAAGAUGAAGAAAGAGAUUUGGGUUUAGAUUUGGCAAUUUGCCCCAAUUAAAUUAAAAUGAGACUUUAUAGUUCACAAAAGGAAAUUCUAGAGAACAUUGUUUGUCCCUUUGUCCUUUCUUCGUACACACUUUGGCCUUUACAUUAAUCUUGGUUAUUUUGGCCUUCUGAUACUUACUGCUGAGGAGUGGUUUGUAUAAUUUGGUAUGACCUCUAUAUUACUUCUCUCCAAGUGUUCUUGAAAUGGUAGUUUUAGAUAACCUUACUCCUGUUCUGUGGAUAUUGUUGGUGAUGACAAGGACUGUUUUUUGAUUGUUUUUUUUGCCACACCUCUCAUAGUAUGUCUGUUAUCAACUGCUCUUGGUCAACAUCAACUUGUUUGAUGUCUGUUUGUUAGAACACUAGUUGUUUCUUGCUUUUUCAGGACAUUGCAGAUUGUUUUGUUGGUUAUGCUCAGUGCUUGUGCAGUGGCUCUGAUUGCUUUUCCUUCUUUUCUCAAUUUCAAAAUGUCUUGCUUUUCUUGUAUAGACAGGUCUCUGGUUUUCAUGUUGGUUUGCCAUUUUUAACAACAAAGGCACUGGUGAAAUUCUCAAACCAAGAGAUCACAAUCAGAGCUUUAAUUAAUCUUUAAACAGUAAGUCUAACAAGACAAACCUGGGCAACAAGAGAUACUUAAACUUGGGUGGGUUCCAACAAAAGGUGUAACAUUUUAAUAUCUAAUUUGUUGUAUCUUCUAUGUUAAUUUCUUUGUUAUAUCUUCUUUCUUCUGUGUUAAUUUAAUUAUGUAUUUAGAACAUUACUUUACAGCAUUUCCUUACACGUACCAAGGACUUUUGAACAAACAUUCUACAUUGUAUGUAGUUUGUGUGCUUUGAGCAAAUAAAAUAUUUUUAAAAAAUUA